AUGUCCAAGAUGACUGACACCGGUGGUGGGAUUAAUUACGCUCUCUAUCGCUAUACCCCCUCGAUUCCUGCAGCAGUGAUAUUUGCUGUACUUUUCAUUUUACUUUCAGCACUGCAUCUUAUCCGAUUGAUCAAGCAUCGGUCGUAUUUCUUCAUCCCAUUCCUGGUCGGCCUUCUUUUGGAAUGUGCAGGUUACAUUGCUCGUAUAUUUUCCCAUUUCGAUACAAAAGCGCUGGGCCCAUAUAUUGUCCAAACUAUGUUGAUUCUCGUUGCGCCUCCUCUUUUCGCUGCCUCGAUCUACAUGACUCUCGGCAGAAUCAUUGUCAAACUUGAUGCCGAGGAGAUGUCUCUGGUGCCAGUCAGGUUCUUGACUAAGAUAUUUGUGGUUGGGGAUGUGAUCUCCUUUUUGCUGCAAUGUGGAGGUGGCGGAUAUAUGGCUGCUGGAACUUUGUCUGCAAUGGACAUUGGUGCGAACAUAGUCAUCGGGGGUCUAGCUAUACAGCUUCUCUUCUUUGGAUUUUUCGUCGUUGUCUCUGCAAUCUUUCACUGGCGUGUGAAAAAACGAUCAGAGUAUAGCAACCUCUCUGGGGCUUCUCUUACUACAACUUCCCGAAAUUCGAAAACCAAGAUGACCUGGGAAUCUAUCAUGUGGGCACUCUACAUUGCCUGCUUGCUUAUUCUUGUGCGUUCUAUCUUCCGUGUUGUGGAGUUUGUUGAAGGAAACGAUGGCUUCAUAAUGAGAAGAGAGUAUCUUCUUUACAUUUUCGAUGCAUGUCUCAUGGUGUUGACUGGAGUUGUUUUGGGUAUCUGCCAUCCUGGUUCUGUUUUGACACAAGGACGCAAGAGGGACUCAGAAAUGUCACUUUGCACAAGAUGA